GCACGCCUCCAUGGCAGCACUGCGCGUCCUUGGUUUGUGUAAGUAACAGCGUAGCUAUGUUAACUGACACCCUGAGCUACAGCUCUACAGUUUGUCUACUGACACAAAACAGGACGUGAGAAGCGGGAUUUAACAAAGUUGUGAGUUGAGAGCUGGGACUCUAAGCAGUGAUGACCUCAGCCAUGCCCUCUAGCCAGAGUCUGGAGGACCUGAGGCCCAUGUCACGGGGAAUCACCAUCAUCCCCCGAAGCAGGAGCACUUCUCAUACAUCCAGCAGAGAUGCUCAGAAGAGGAAUAGCCUCAAGUGUAACUCUGCCUCCUCUGUGCAGUCAGUGGCUGAUGAGAGUCUGUCUUUAGUGGACAUUGAGAACAUGCUCUUGCAGAAAGUGAAGGACAGAAAAGAUGACUUGAAGGCAGCUUUCCAUGCCUUUGACCAGGAGGGCAGUGCCACUGUCACUAAAGGGGAGUUUCGCCGAGUAAUAGAGGGCUUUCUUGUGCCACUCACUCAGUCUCAGUUUGAUGGCCUUUUUGCAAAGGUCCCAAAGAGAGGGAAUGGAACUGUACCCUAUAAGGAAUUUCUACAACUAUACUGCAAAGUCUCAACAGCAUCAAUUAGGAGCAUGUCAUGCAACAGAAUUCCCUCUGGAAGUGGAAGUCAGCGAAGUUGGCCUCUUGGAGAGCUACAGUGCCGCUUGAAGGAUAAGAUUGGAGGCAAUUUGAAAAACAUAACGAGGGCUUUUCGCUUGUUUGAUUAUAACCGGGAUGGACAAAUACAGCAGCAUGAACUGCGGAGAGUUCUGGAGAGUUACUGCUUUCCUCUGAGCCAUCUGGAGUUUCGCAGGCUAUGGUCACAUUACAGCCCGAAUAACUCACAGACGAUAUCCUACAAAGAGUUUCUCGAGAAGCUUGGUGUUGAUUGUGAGAACUACCGGAAAAUUGCUCCAGACUCAGAAAAACUGGCUUUGAACUGGGAUGCAGCUAACCAGACUAAAGCAAGACCCAGGAGCAGGACAUCAGCUUGGGAGACCCAGAUUAGUUUAGAUGAAAUCCACACCAUGUUUCUGAAGAAAAUGAGUGUAAAUUAUCCUGUUGUGGAGAAAGCACUUCAAGCCUUAGAUGUUGCAGACAGCGGUAUUGUCUCUUAUGAUGACCUGAAGUCAGUUCUGAGCAGUUUCCUUUUUCCAAUCAAUCACAGCUCAUUUUUGGGCCUCUUAAACAGAUUUGGAGUGAACCCUGCAGAGCCUGUACAGUGGAGAAAGUUCAUAGCUCUAUUCAGGGAAGAGGAGCAGAUGUUACCUGCUGUGAAAGAUGCAGGUCCUGCUGCCUGUAAGCUGUCUAGUAUUGAAGAAGUCUUGCCAAAGUUACGAGAACAGAUACUUGAGGUGUUUCCUCAUCUAAAGAGAGCCUUUCUGGUCUUUGAUGAGAACAGAACUGGGCUGGUCAGUCGGGGUGACCUGCGGAGGCUACUGGAGAGUCUGACCUUCACUCUGACAGAUGAGCAGUUCAGAGGACUGACAGAUCUCCUCCAUGUGCCACACUCAGGAUCCAUCAGCUAUCAGCACGUCCUGGACUUUUUUCAGAAGGAAAAGCCAGCGGUAGUGGUUCAGGAACAGAUCAGCGAGUCUACAGAGAAGCCAGAGGUUCAGACCCAGCCUACUGCUGAAUCUCCUUCAGCCACAGCAGCCUGGACUGUAGUAGAAGGGGUUCUGAAGGAGCAGCUAUCUGAGCAUUAUGCUUCACUGAUGUCAUCUCUAAGCGAGACUGACCCGAUUCAGUGCUGCACUAUUCCUCCUGAAGACUUGAGAAAGCUCCUCCAGCAGUAUGGACUACCACUGUCUGACAGCCACUUUAACAAGCUCUGUGAACCAUUUAUGGAGUCUGGAGCAGUGAACUACAAGUUGUUAUUGACGAGCCUUGGUAUGUCCAUGAGGAACGACAUGACAAAGAGUGUAAACAAGGGUCUUAGCUUGAUUGAGAGAAAUGAGAGUGCUUAUCAAGUUAAUGUGGAGAGUGUUAAAAAGCAAGCUGUGGUGAACGUUGUUCUGAAGAAACUCAGAGACAGGUUGCAGAUGCGUGGGCUCACACUUCAGCAGUGUCUGAUGGACACCAGCAGAAGCUCUGCAUCUGUACUUGAUCUGAGAGAUUUCCAGAAGAUUCUGGAUGAGUGUAGAAUUUCCCUGCAAGCGCCACAAUUUCAGGCUCUCAUCCAAACUCUUGGUUUCUUCAAUGGACCGAUCUCCUUUUCAGACUUUAUAGACAAAUAUGAAGGUGCAAUAGCAAAAGAAAACAAUGAAAAGCAUCACACAAUCUCAAAUAAUAUUAAGGUCAACAGCUUUAUGUCUGCAGAGGAUUGUUUAAAUCAGCUUGAGGCACGCAUCAAAGAAUGUCACAGGGAUGUUUUAACAGCGUUCCGACUGAUGGACAGAAACAGAGAUGGACUGGUGAACUACAAUGACUUUAGAGUGCUGUUUAACAGCCUAAGAUUUGUGACUAAAGAGAAAGAGUACCACAGACUGCUUGAGCUGCUGGGCUUUAAGUCUGGCUCUACUAUUAACUACGCUGAGUUCUACAGCAAAAUUCGGUCCGACAGGAAGACCGGAGUUAAUCUCAUCACUAGUAUGACAGCUGAUCAGUUACUUGAUCGAGCUUGUGAACAGGUUCAUGCCUAUCUGGUGGCCACUGCACAAACAAGGGGGUCAGAGCUCUCAAAGGCUUUUACCCAGUAUGGUGAAGAUAGUGAAAGCAGGAUCACCAGAAAUGAUUUGAGGCAUAUACUUUACAAGUACUACUUGCCCAUUACUCCUAGAGAAUUUGAGAAAAUAUGGGCGAGGUAUGAUGAUGAAGGGAAAGGAUACGUCACUCAUACAGAGUUCCUGAACAAGGUGAAUAUCACACCACAUGAGUCUCCAGAGUCUCCAGUGGGAAAGACCAUCUGCAGAACAGCUUCACAGAACUUUCUAACUGAGACAGAACUGCACAGUCUAAAGGAGUGUUUAAAACUUAGCUUUGAGGAUGUGCACCAGAGUCUGGAGGAAUUGGAUAAGAGGGGAGAUGGUCAUGUGACAGCAAUGGAUCUGUUGGCUCUGUUACAGACACAUGGAUUCCAGAUAGAGGAUCACCAAUUAUUGGGUCUAAUCAUCAACCUUGGACUUGAUGUCUGUAAGCUGUCAUACCAUGAUUUUCUGGACCGUAUUCUUGGGCCAAGAGUCAGUAGAAGGUCUGUUAUGGCUUCUCCAGUCAGUCCAUACAUGAUGUCUUCAGGAGAUAGUGUAGAAAAUCUCAGCCCUGACAGAGCCUUACAGAAGGUCAGAGAACUCGUCACAAACUCUUUGGAUACUCUGUCCAAGGCAUUCACAGCAUUUGAUAAGACUAGAAAUGGCAAGAUAGCUCAGGCAGAGUUUCGGCGAGUGCUGGACCAUUUUUGCAUCAAGCUCUCCGAUGUGCAGUAUAGACACCUGCUAGCUAAGCUGUCAAUCAAAGAAGAGGAAAGCAAGGUGGACUGGAAGCAGUUUCUCCACAUCUUCAAUCUUCACAACCAAGAGACAUCUGAGGAGUGGCUGGAGAAAAUCAACAAGGUACACCUCCCUAACCAGACAUGCCUUCUGCCAAUCAGUGAUGUACUAGGACGGAUCCAGGAGGUUGUUUCUGCUCGAAUUUACACCAUCACCAAGGAAAUGGUGGAUUUAGAUUAUGCUGGCGUAAAUACCAUUUCAAAAGAGGACUUCAGGACCAUCUGUGACCACCACUUCAUGAGACUUACUGAUGAACAGUUUGAAGCUUUGUGGAAAAUGUUGCCAAUCAAUAUCUUUGGAAAUCUGGAUUACCGUGAGUUCCUGAAGAAGUUCAGUAGAGAACCUAUAGAUCAAGGAAGUACUAGAGGAUCACCUUCUCCUAGUCCAUCAGAGAGAUCACCAGUUGCUCUACCGCAGUGCCCAAAAACAGCACCCUGCAGCCAUGGGAGAAGCAAGUCAUUAGCCCCCGAGCAGCUCAGGCCUUCCUCUGCAGUCUGUGGACGGUCUACAUUGUCGAACUCUGAAGCCUUGGAGAGGAGGCUGCGCGCCCAGAUCCGGUCAUGCUGGCAAGAGGUCCAGAGAAGAUGCAGGGAGGCUGACACAGGAAGCAAUGGGGAGAUUGAUGUAGAGACUUUCUUAGGCAUACUGGAGGAGUUCCAUAUUAGCCUAACACAUUCUCAGUUUGAGCAGUUGUCUGAGAAGUAUAAUAUCAGAAGCAAGGAGAGUCUUUCCUACCCAGAAUUCCUGCAGCACUUUGUGCUUAUGCUUAAACCUCAAGCCAACACUUUCACCCGCAGACGCAAGCUGCACGUGCCAUCAACAAUGAGUUCAGGGCCACUGAGUAAGCAGUGCAUAGAUACCUUGCUCAGGCUGUGUCCUUCUGUCCAGCUUUACUGGAGGACCAUGAAGCAGGCGUUUAUCUCCUGUGACAAGGAACGCACAGGAAAGAUUUCUCUUCAGGAUUUCAGAAAAGUUUUGAGACAGUACAACAUCAAUCUCUCAGAGGAAGACGUCUUUCAUCUUACAUCUUUCUUUGAUAAGAACAUCUCAGGAUGUAUUUCAUACAAUGAGUUUCUGAGCAUUUUACAAAAAUAAAUGCAGAGCCAUCUUGUAUUGUAUUGUAAUAGUACAACAUAGUGUGCAGGGGUGGACAAAUCAGUAGACAAGAACAUGUUUUUAUUGUUUUAUUUGUAGUUGUGGACAAUAGGCUCAGCAGGCUAACAGUCACUGUUUUUUUUUUCUUCUCUAGUGUAACAAACAGAGAAAGAAAAAAAAAAACCCUGCUUCUUAUUGGCUUUUACAAAACAAGCAUGUACUUUUUUACUGUAGUAUGUGCAACUUGUUCUGAUCCCACCGCCUGCUGCACUACUCACAGCCGGUUUUACUGUUCAUAUUAUUUGACAUAUGACCUUUUGACACAUAAUCUUUUCAGAAUCAGGAACACACAGGCAUAUUGAAACGCUGAUGAAUCCAAGAGAAAAUAAAGUGCAGCGCAAAGUGGUCAUGUGACUCCAAGCACAGCAUACAGUCACCUUAAAUAAUAUUGAGGCAUCGGUGAGCCAGAGGAUUGAUCAGGAACCACUGUUAAAACAAUGCACUUGCUCUUUUAUAGGCUUAUAGAACAAAUGCAGUCUUGAUAAUUACAAAUCCCAUUACACGUCGUACAAUUGCUAGACAUAACAAAAACUAGAUAAAGUUCCAGUAUAAUUCACAUAGUAAAAAUAAACAAACAGCACAGUACUAUGCUAACAAGUAAGACUUACUGUAACAGAGUGACAGUAACAUUAAACUCCUAACAUUAGAGAUGCCCCAGAGUAUGCAUAUUAAGACUUGCUCAUGGCAGCGAGGUUACAAUAUCUUAUAUGUACAAUACAAUAUCUACAGUAUCUUUUAUGUGUCAUAAUACCAGCUGUGCUACUUCAAACACUGCUUUAGAAAAGGAUAAUGACUAUGGCAAAGAUAUACGCCACGCAGGAGUAUAUUUUAUAUACUUGUUUGUGUCUGUAUUAAAGCACAUAACUCUGUAAUUAAUAAGUCAGCAUAUGUUAUUGCAUUAUUUUAGCCUAGUCAGUAAUGGGAAAUCAACACAUGUGACUGGGCAAGCAUAUUGAAGCUUACACUUAUCCAGUGGGCUAUAUAACAGAUUUGUCCACACUUGGUGUGUUCUAUUAGUUAUUUAUUUGUUUAUUAUUAAUACAAAACAAUUAUUUUGCAGUUAUCCUAUUACUGUUCUUCAUUUAAAACUUAAAAUUCAGUUAUUUCCCACUUGUGAAUUUCACAAUUUCUGAAGCUCAGGUAACUUUCAGGGUUGUUUAGGUGCCAAUACUGUUCAUUUAAUAAAAGAUAACAAAAGAAAACAAUCUGUGUUAGUAGUGCUUAUAGUUACAGUGAACCCUGUCUGAGGUACAGCUUGGCUCAGGCUGACUGAGGAAUGAUACACAAUAACAGGCCGGGUCACAGAGUUCAGCAAUGAUUAUUAUAUAAAACAAUUGAAAGUAAUAAUGGACUCAUCAUUUACACUAGUAAGUGUGUAAGGAUCAUAUACCAACAUGUAGCA